AUGUGUUCCAUUUGCAAAGCUCUCUUCAUCCUCACAGUGCUCUACUUCUCCUCACUCUCCGCUUUCGCAGUAGACGAAGCAACUUAUGUUUCCGAGCUUUCUUUCGAAUACUACAAAGGCUUUUGCCCUCACGCGGAAAACAUCAUCAGAGAGCAAGUCCAGCUUCUCUACAAUCGCCACCACGCGCACACUGCUUUCUCCUGGCUCAGAAACGUCUUCCAUCAUUGCGUUUUCGAGGAAUGCACAAAGAGACAUCUUUCUACAUCUUCAAUUUCAUGUGAUGCAUUAAUGUUGCUUGAGUCAACGAGGAGGGAGAUGUCCGAGAAGGAGGAGGCAGACGGGAGCUAUGAGAUGAGGAGUUUUAGGUAUGUCGAGAACAUUAUCCGGGAAGCCAUAGAGAGGGAUUGUCCCGAUGGUCUGUGA